CCCCCCUCCUUCCCCUCCCCCUCUCCCAUCGUGUGAGGUACCGGCAGCGAGUCGGAGAUUGGCAGCCGGAGCGGGAUGGCGGGCAGACACCAGGCCAAGCGCUUCAGGUUCGAUAGGGAUGGCGGUGUUGAAGACCUGAAUAAGGUUUUGCCAUCUGCAGUGAUACACGUCCGAGGGCUGUUGGAUGGGGUAAUGGAAGUUGACCUUAUGGAGGCUUUGCAGGAUUUCGGCAAUGUCAGUUGCGUGAUGCUGAUGCCGAGGAGAAAGCAAGCGUUGGUGGAGUUUGAGGACAUCGAUGGUGCGUGUAGCUGUGUGAACUAUGCAGCAGAUAACCCGAUCUACGUUGCUGGACAGCUGGCCUACGUUUGUUUUUCCACAAGCCAGAAAAUUGCCAGGCCAGAUGAUGAUGACUCUAAGAGCAAUAAUGUCCUGUUGAUCAAUGUUGCUAAUUCUAUUUAUCCUAUCAAUACAGAUGUUUUGUACACAAUUUGCAACCCGUGUGGGCCUGUUCAAAGGAUUGUGAUCUUCAGAAAGAAUGGAAUUCAGGCAAUGGUGGAAUUUGACUCUGUUCAAAGUGCACAGAAGGCCAAAGCAUCUCUCAAUGGCGCUGAUAUUUAUUCUGGAUGCUGUACUUUGAAAAUAGAAUAUGCGAAGCCGACUCGUUUGAAUGUCUUUAAGAAUGAUGCUGAUACCUGGGAUUACGUAAACCCUAACCCUGGUAGACCAGAGCCUUCAAAUAAACGCACAAGAUUGCCCGCCUUGCUUGGUGAUGCUCCAUCUAGCUUUGGUCAUGGCUACACUCCUUCAGCAUACCAUGGCUUUUACGACGAUGAUGACUAUGCUGCACCACAUCAUUAUGAAGGCAGGGGAAUGGGUGCUCCGCCGCCACCACCUCAAGUGGGAGGUCCUCGUAGGGGUCCACCUUCACGGCGCUACACACCUCAGUAUGGUGCUCCAGUGCCGCCGCCGCCGCCACCUCUACCAAAUGCUGAUUAUGGUCCUCUGGCUGAUAGCCCAGUACUGAUUGUUUAUGGGCUAGAUACUAAGAGGAUGAACCCAGACAAGGUGUUCAAUAUCUUCUGUCUUUAUGGCAAUGUGCAUAAGGUUAAAUUCUUAAAAAGCAAACCUGGAGCUGCUAUGGUGGAGAUGGGAGAUGGAUUUGCAGUAGACCGCGCCCUCACAUGCCUAAACACCGAAAACUUUCUGUUUGACCAGCAUAUAAACGUGUGUGUAUCGAAACAGAAGGUUAUAGUUCCUGGCCAAUCAUUUGAGUUAGAGGAUGGCUCCUGUAGUUUCAAGGAUUAUUCAACUAACCGAAACAACCGGUUCACAAAUAUGAAACAAGCUGCCAAAAAUCGAAUCCAAAAGCCCAACAACAUGCUACAUUUCUUCAGUGCUCCUCCAGCCAUUACAGAAGAGAUAUUCCAUCAGAUAUCCGAUAAAGUUAAUGUGAAGAAACCUAAAAGCAUUAUAUUUUUCAGUGGGAAAACUGGAUCAAAAGGAAAUCAAGGUGAGAAGAGCUCUUCCGGUCUCCUGGAAUAUGAAUUGAAGAGCGAUGCUUUUGAGGCACUGGUUAUGCUUAACCACUACAGGCUAAAGAAUCCAGAUGGGCCUGACCUGUUCACGCUGAAGCUGUGUUUCUCGACUGCCUAACAGAAUCCUGAGCUGGGAAUGGACACAAGGCUGAUCAUUGCUUUUGACUUAUCUAGUUUUGUUUCAGGUGUUUUUUUUGCUUUUGUUUCCUUUUAAUUCUGUAAAGUGUGGUGACCCAUGGAAUGAAAUUUGUAUGUUUUCCAGUGCAAGGACAUUUUUUUUUUUUAGCUUUUCCGAGAAUGAAUGGUUAGUGAAAUGUGGAAUGUGACCGUGUUAGUGGUUAGUGUAUACGAGCAUCUGCUUGGACCUGUUUAAUUAUUGGAAGAUUCCUGCACUGCAUAGAACUGUACACUAUUGUGUUACAGCUACUAAGUAUUAAUAAAAAUGAUUCUUUUA